GCCACCGUUAGUGGACAGUGUUUAUUUAUUUAAUAUGUUCCAUUUUGAUCCUUAGGAAUAAAUGUAAACACCAACAUUAACCCAAUUGGAAUUGGAGUUAUUACUACAUAUACAACAAUCCUAGUAGAUUCCGAACCCACAUCCACAUAAUUGGGAUCUCAUCCUCUGCACUUUCCAACAUAUGGCCCAAAACGGGAAUCAAGACAGGGUAAUGGUGGAAAACACUGAUGAUUAUGAUCAUCACCACCAUGACCACAAUGACCAUGACCAUGCAAGUGGUGAUGAACAUGAAGAGAAGCUGAAAGGGAAGAAGAAAGAAGAAGAACCUUCUGUGGAGAGGGUGUUCCAGCACCUGCUUGUUCCUUCAUGGAGGAACCAGCUGACAGUGAGAGCUUUUGUGGUCAGCUUUGCACUCAGCAUACUGUUCAGUUUCAUUGUCAUGAAGCUCAACCUCACCACUGGAAUCAUUCCUUCACUCAAUGUCUCUGCUGGACUUCUGGGAUUUUUCUUUGUGAAGACUUGGACCAAGUUCUUGGAGAGGUCUGGGUGGUUGAAGCAGCCUUUUACUAGGCAGGAGAACACUGUCAUCCAGACCUGUGUUGUUGCCUCCUCUGGCAUAGCCUUUAGUGGAGGAUUUGGGAGUUACCUCUUUGCAAUGAGUGAGCAUGUAGCCAAGCAAUCCUCAGACACCAGUGAUUUUAAGGACCCAAAAUUAGGGUGGAUCAUUGCUUUUCUCUUUGUUGUUAGCUUUCUUGGCCUCUUCUCAGUUGUACCUCUAAGAAAGAUUAUGGUCAUAAAAUUCAAAUUGACAUAUCCAAGUGGUACUGCAACUGCACAUCUCAUCAACAGCUUCCACACUCCUCAAGGAGCCAAACUAGCAAAGAAGCAGGUGAGAGUGUUGGGAAAAUUCUUUGGAUUGAGCUUCUUCUGGGGUUUCUUUCAAUGGUUCUACACUGCUUCUGAUUCUUGUGGAUUUCAAGCCUUUCCCUCACUGGGGCUCAAAGCAUUUGAAAACAGGUUUUAUUUUGAUUUUGCUGCACUCUAUGUUGGAGUGGGAAUGAUUUGCCCAUAUAUCAUAAAUAUAUCAGUGCUCCUUGGAGGAAUUCUUUCUUGGGGAGUAAUGUGGCCUCUCAUAGAAAAUCAAGAGGGUCACUGGUAUGAUAAGGGCCUCGGUGACGGUAGCCUUCAUGGAAUCCAAGGAUAUAGGGUAUUUAUAGCCAUAGCCAUGAUCCUGGGUGACGGUUUAUACAACUUCGUAAAGGUGCUAACUCAUACCUUAAUGGGUUUGUAUUAUCAAAUCAAGGAGAAACAUAGGGAGAAUGUUCUUCCGGUCGCUGAUCACGAUUCUCCCUCGAGUCAGCUAACUUACGAUGACCAGCGCCGCCAGCAAUUCUUUCUUAAAGAUCAGAUUCCCCCAUGGUUUGCAGUUGGAGGCUAUGUUGCUAUUGCUGCUAUCUCAACCGCCACUCUGCCACACCUUUUUCCCCAGCUAAAAUGGUAUUACAUACUAGUUAUCUACCUAGUUGCUCCCACCUUAGCAUUCUGCAAUGCUUAUGGUUGCGGGCUAACAGACUGGUCCCUAGCAUCCACCUAUGGAAAGCUCGCCAUCUUCACAAUCGGAGCGUGGGCCGGUGCAUCACACGGUGGAGUUCUUGCUAGCCUUGCAGCCUGUGGCGUGAUGAUGAACAUCGUUUCCACCGCCUCUGACCUGAUGCAGGACUUCAAGACCGGCUACCUUACGCUGUCUUCACCGCGCUCCAUGUUUGUGAGCCAAAUACUUGGAACAGCUAUGGGAUGUGUGAUUUCUCCUUGUGUCUUUUGGAUUUUCUACAAGGCCUUUCCUGACCUUGGGACACAUAAAAGUGAGUACCCUGCCCCAUAUGCGAUUGUGUACCGCAACAUGGCCAUACUUGGGGUACAAGGCUUCAGUUCGCUACCGAAAAAUUGCCUCAUGCUAUGUUAUAUAUUCUUUGGUGCCGCCAUUGUGAUAAACUUGAUUAAAGAUUUAAUGGGCAAGAGAGGGAGGUUCAUACCACUUCCAAUGGCUAUGGCAAUUCCUUUCUACAUAGGGCCUUACUUUGCCAUUGACAUGUGUGUUGGAAGUUUGAUAUUAUAUGUCUGGGAAAAGGUUGACAAGGCUAAGGCAGAUGCAUUUGGACCAGCUGUAGCUUCUGGUUUGAUAUGUGGGGAUGGAAUAUGGACACUUCCUGCUUCAGUACUUGCUCUUGUUGGAGUUAAGCCACCAAUUUGCAUGAGGUUCUUCUCAAGGGCCACAAAUCAAAGGGUUGAUACAUUCUUAGGGAAUUAAGGUCAAGUUUGGAUUGGGUUUGUCAAUCACACAAAAUAUGUUGGAGAGAGUGUUUACACGAGCGUGUUGCUAGCGUUCCUUGUCUUUUUAAUAUUUGAGAGCUGUUACUGCCUUGUAAAUGUGUCAAACUUCACUUAAGUUUGCUCUUUUCAACUUCUUUAGCCACAUAGUUGAACAAAACCCAAUGAAGAGAAGUAUUAAUGUAUGUAAUAUAUUAGAUGUAUGACAAAGAAAGUAUAUAUCUGCAUGAUUGGAUUUCA